CCCACCCUCCUGUUUAUCCAUCUGGCCCUCGCUCCUCCCUCUUCCCCGUCUCCCACUCUUCUCCAACUGACGCACCGCUGUGUUCAACAUUCAGCCCACCCAGUGCUGCUGCUGCUGAAGCUGAGGCUCUUUCCCCGGCGGAUUCUCCAUGUAUGGAUGCGCUGAGGGAAGGGAUGCUGUAGGCUGACCAAAGACAGAGAGAAAGGCAGAAAUACAGGCUGGUGAGGAGAUUCGAGAAGGAGGCGCCGGAGGAUCCUGGCGCUGUUUUGAAUGGGCAGAGGAUUCACCCUCUGCGGUCGUCGAGUCUGAGUUGCUGAGGUGCCAGGUGUGCGUCUGUGUAGCCACACGGAUCUCCAGCUCUUCCGCUCGCUCACACACCCACUUGCAUCAUGGCGGGGGCGUCCGUGAAGGUGGCGGUGAGGGUCCGACCCUUCAACUCCAGAGAGAUCGGGAAGGAGAGUAAAUGCAUCAUUCAGAUGUCAGGAAACACGACAACAAUCCUGAACCCCAAACAGCCGAAAGAAAACAAGAGCUUUAACUUCGACUUUUCUUAUUGGUCACACACUACGCCCGAGGACAUCAACUAUGCCUCUCAGAUGCAGGUGUACAAGGACAUCGGAGAGGAGAUGCUGCUUCAUGCCUUUGAAGGCUACAACGUGUGCAUAUUUGCAUACGGGCAGACAGGAGCGGGCAAAAGCUACACAAUGAUGGGACGACAGGAGAAAGACCAGCAAGGAAUCAUACCUCUGUUGUGCGAGGACCUCUUCACCAAGAUCAACGACAGCAACAAUGAUAACAGCAUGUCUUACUCUGUGGAGGUGAGUUACAUGGAGAUUUACUGUGAGCGUGUGCGUGACCUGCUGAACCCCAAGAACAAAGGAAACCUGCGUGUCCGAGAGCACCCUCUGAUGGGACCUUACGUUGAAGAUCUGUCCAAGCUAGCCGUCACCUCCUACAACGACAUUCAGGACCUGAUGGACUCUGGAAACAAGGCCAGAACUGUGGCUGCUACCAACAUGAACGAGACAAGCAGCCGCUCACAUGCUGUCUUCAACAUCAUCUUCACACAGAAGAAACAUGACAUGGAGACGGACAACACAUCAGAAAAGGUCAGCAAAAUCAGUCUGGUGGACUUGGCUGGCAGCGAGAGAGCCGACUCAACCGGAGCUAAAGGCACCAGACUGAAGGAAGGAGCAAACAUCAACAAGUCUUUAACCACACUGGGGAAAGUUAUUUCUGCUCUAGCUGAACUGGACUCAGCACCAAACAAGAACAAGAAAAAGAAGAAGGUGGAGAGUUUUAUUCCCUACAGAGAUUCAGUUCUGACCUGGCUACUGAGGGAGAACCUGGGUGGAAACUCUCGCACAGCUAUGGUGGCUGCCCUCAGCCCUGCUGAUAUUAACUACGAUGAAACCCUCAGUACCCUCCGGUAUGCUGAUCGUGCCAAACAGAUCCGCUGCAACGCUGUGAUCAACGAGGACCCCAACAACCGGCUGGUGCGUGAGCUGAAAGAGGAGGUGGCUCGCCUGAAGGACCUGCUGUACGCACAGGGCCUGGGAGACAUCAUAGAGACGUAUCGCUGCACCGGCCCCGUCAUCACUGGUUUGAAAUUGACCAACGCCAUGACAGGAAUGAGCCCCUCUCCCUCGCUCUCAGCAUUGUCCAGUCGCGCUGGGUCUAUCAGCAACCUCCAUGAUCGCAUCUUCAGCCCGGCCAGUGAAGAGGCCAUCGAGAGGCUCAAGGAAACUGAGAAAAUCAUCGCGGAGCUCAAUGAAACCUGGGAGGAGAAGCUGCGUCGUACUGAGGCCAUCCGCAUGGAGAGAGAGGCCCUGCUGGCUGAGAUGGGCGUUGCCAUGAGAGAAGAUGGAGGCACUGUGGGCGUCUUCUCCCCGAAAAAGACCCCUCAUCUGGUGAACCUAAACGAGGACCCGCUGAUGUCUGAGUGUCUGCUGUAUUACAUCAAAGAUGGCAUUACCAAGGUUGGCCGUGAAAAUGCAAAGACUCGCCAAGACAUUGUUCUCAGUGGCCACUUUAUCAAAGAUGAACACUGCACCUUCAGCAGCACCACAGGCCCUCAGGGAGAAGGAUGCGUCAUCCUUGAGCCAUGUGAGGGGGCAGAGACAUAUGUCAAUGGGAAGAGAGUAACCUCACCCACUGUUCUGCGAUCUGGGAAUCGCAUCAUCAUGGGAAAGAGCCACGUGUUCCGCUUCAAUGACCCGGAGCAGGCUCGUCUGGAGAGGGAGAGGACGCCGUGCGCUGAGACGCCGGUGGAGCCCGUCGACUGGGCCUUUGCUCAGAGAGAGCUGCUGGAGAAACAAGGCAUUGACAUGAAGCAGGAGAUGGAGCAGAGGCUUCAGGAACUUGAGGAUCAGUACCGUAAAGAAAGAGAAGAAGCCAGUAACCUGCUAGAACAGCAAAGACUGGAUUAUGAGAGUAAACUGGAGGCUCUUCAGAAACAAGUGGACUCACGGUACCUGGAGUCACCUGAGGAAGAGGAGGAGCCUGAAGAAGAAGUGCCGUGGACGAAGCGUGAGACUGAGCUGGCUCUGUGGGCUUUCAGAAAGUGGCGUUUCUACCAGUUCACCUCUCUCAGGGAUCUGCUUUGGGGCAACGCCAUCUUCCUGAAGGAGGCCAAUGCUAUCAGCGUGGAGUUGAAGAAGAAGGUGCAGUUCCAGUUUGUGCUGUUGACAGACACCCUCUACUCUCCUCUGCCACCUGACUUGCUUCCCCCCUGCGUGGCCAAAGAGAGAGAAAGACGGCCUUUCCCUCAGACCAUCGUAGCUGUCGAAGUACAGGAUCAGAAGAAUGGAGCCACACAUUACUGGACUCUGGAAAAACUCAGGCAGAGGCUGGACUUGAUGAGAGAAAUGUACGACCGUGCCGCAGAACUCCCCAGCAGUGCUGUGGAGGACUGCGACCAUGCCCUGACUGGAGGCGACCCCUUCUACGACCGCUUUCCCUGGUUCCGUCUGGUCGGCAGGGCUUUUGUGUACCUGAGCAACCUGCUGUACCCGGUGCCCCUGGUACAUCGCGUGGCCAUCGUCAGCGAGAAAGGGGAGGUGAAAGGCUUCCUCAGAGUGGCUGUGCAGGCCAUCUCAGCUGAUGAGGAGGCCCCUGAUUACGGCUCUGGUGUGAGGCAGUCAGGCACUGCCAAGAUCUCCUUUGAAGACAAGCAGUUUGAGAAGUUCCAGACUGAGUCAUGUCCUGGCAGUCUGUCGCACUCCAACACCUCCCAGGAGGAGCUGAGAAUUGUGGAGGGAGAAGGGCAAAACGCAGAGAUAGGAAUCUCUGCAGAUGAAGUCAACAACAACACUUGUGCAGCCACACUGGAGGCUCCCUGCAGCCCAGUGAAGAGUUUAGGUCUGGGUCUGGAUCUUCCUCUUGACCUCUCUCCAGAGAAAGCUCUGUCCCACCUGAAGAUCGGCAGCACCUUCACCUUCAGAGUCACCGUCUUACAGGCCUCCAGCAUCUCAGCCGAGUAUGCCGACAUCUUCUGCCAGUUCAAUUUCAUCCACCGCCAUGACGAAGCUUUCUCCACUGAACCUCUGAAGAACACUGGCAGAGGACCUCCCCUGGGCUUCUACCAUGUACAAAAUAUCACAGUGGAGGUGACCAAGUCCUUUGUGGAGUACAUAAAGACUCAGCCCAUUGUCUUCGAGGUGUUCGGUCACUACCAGAAACAGCCUUUCCCUCCACUCUGCAAAGACCUAAUCAGUCCACUAAGACCUUCCAGGAGGCAGUUCCCCAGGGUGAUGCCCUUAUCCAAGCCAGUGCCGGCCACAAAACUCAGCACUUUGACUCGACCCACUGCGGGACCAUGUCACGCCAAGUACGACCUCAUGGUCUUCUUUGAGAUCUGUGAGCUGGAGGCCAACGGAGACUACAUCCCUGCUGUUGUUGACCACAGAGGUGGGAUGCCCUGCCACGGCACGUUCCUCUUGCAUCAGGGCAUUCAGAGGAGGAUCACAGUGACCAUCGCUCAUGAAACAGGAAAUUAUAUUGAGUGGAAAGAGGUGAAAGAGCUGGUUAUUGGUCGCAUCCGAAACACACCAGAGGCUGAUGAGACCAUCAUAGACCCCAACAUCCUUUCCCUCAACAUCCUGUCUUCUGGAUACUUCUGGCCAAAACAUGAUGACAAUGUCUCCUUGGGAGUUGAUCAUAGAACUUUCUACCGAUUCGAGGCAGCAUGGGACAGUUCCAUGCACAACUCUCUGCUUCUGAACAGAGUCACUCCCUAUGGGGAGAAGAUCUACAUCACCCUCUCUGCUUAUCUAGAGAUGGAGAACUGCACUCAGCCGACAGUGAUCACCAAAGAUUUCUGCAUGGUGUUUUACUCCCGUGACACAAAACUGCCGGCCUCUCGCUCCAUCAGAAACCUCUUCAGCACCGGCUGCCUCCGGCCCUCAGAGAGUAACCGUGUCACAGGAGUCUAUGAAGUCACUCUCUGCCAUGUGGCGGACAAUGGAAGUCCAGGUAUGCAACGUCGUCGCAGGCGUGUGCUGGACACCUCGGUAGCGUACGUCCGAGGAGAGGAGAACCUGGCUGGGUGGAGGCCUCGCAGUGACAGCCUCAUCCUUGACCACCAGUGGGAGCUGGAAAAACUCAGCUUACUACAGGAGGUGGAGAAGACCAGGCACUACCUGCUGCUGAGGGAGAAGCUGGAGGCGACUCUGCAGGCGGGACAGGAAGCGCUCUACAAGAGCAGCGACAUCAGCGACUUCGCAAAGAGUCCCAUCCUCAGCCACAGUCCCAGCAGCAGCCCUGCCCCUGAGAGCCCCAACCAGAGGCAGAGGGAGCUGGCUGCCAAGUGUCUGCGUCUGCUGAUGCACACCUUCAACAGGGAGUACAGCCAGGUGAGCAGCAGUGCCAGUGAGAGCAAGCUUUCUGAGAUGUCUGCAUCAUUAAUGAGGGACUCAUCAUCGUCUACACUGAGCACGCUCACUCCAUCCUCUACCUGCCCGUCACUGGUCGAAGGACACUAUGACAUCAGACACACUGAACCCAGUUCAGGAGCGUCCACCCCAGAUCUGGACCCAUACAGCCCAGUGGACAGAAAGAAAACUCUCAAAGGAUGCACCUUUGUUCCUGACAUACAGGAGAUUCGUGUCAGCCCCAUUGUGUCAAAGAAGGGCUACUUGCACUUCCUUGAGCCCCACACCAGUGGCUGGGUGAAGCGCUACGUGGUGGUGCGCAGGCCCUACGUAUACCUAUACCGCAGCGAGAGGGACAGUGUUGAGAGAGCUGUCAUCAACCUGUCGUCUGCAAAGGUGGAAUACAGUGAAGACAAACAGACCUUACUGCGGACUCCCAACACAUUUGCUGUGUGCACUGAGCAUCGUGGGAUACUGCUGCAGGCCACCAACGACAAAGAGAUGCAUGACUGGCUGUACGCUUUCAACCCUCUGUUAGCCGGCACCAUCAGGUCAAAGCUCUCUCGGAGAAAGUCUGUUCAGUCGGUCCCGUCUGCUCAGAGGAUGUGAGAGGUGAACCAGCCUGGUGGAAAACCAAACCAAACAAAACCAAACAAACAAUACAGUCUAAAAGCUCCCACCAUCUUGCUCUAAUGAACAUUGACCAUAUAAACAAACUUAUACAUAAAACCAUUUAAAUAUCCUGCUAUAUGACAUCACUCAGUCGCUCAUCCCAAACCCCAGCAAAACCAUCCCCUCUCUCUUUUUGCAGUCGACACCUCAAAUCCUGCAUGGUGUGCUCCCUCCCGACCAUUAGAGGAAUACAUAGGAAAAACUAUCCACCCAAUGAUGUUAAUUAACUUACCUCUGCUGGGCAUUUGGACUAGUUGUGGUUAGUUUUUUAUGUACAUGUAGAGAUCUGUCAUCUGUGAGGCCACCAAAUCCCUGUAGAAAGUUACUAUGUGCUCAGUCCCUCCUUCAUCUAUCAUAAAUGAAAAUAAGUCCCAAUUGUAUACCAACCAUUCAUGUAUUUGUUAUUAAUGCCGUCAGGUGGGUGGGGGGAAUGAAAACAUUGAACCGGAUGUUUCUCUGUGUAGAAGUGUGUGAAGUGCAGGGAUGACAGCUCCACAUACAUCUGUUAUACAUAUACUGUACAUUACCUCAGUUUGGAAUGGCUUGGUGCUCUACAUCAUAGAGUAUUUGUUUCACUGCAGUGGUUUCAGAUAGCAAACAGAUCAGUCAUUUUAAAACUGAAGUAGCACGAGGAGGGAUUUGCUAGGACAAAAGGGUAAGUUGUAGUAUGUGUAUUUUUUUUUUUUAACUGGAUCAAUGAAAACUGAGUUUGUUGGCUUGACGCAGGCAAAAUAAUCCUCAAUUAGGAGAGAUAACUCAUGUCCUUGCCUUGUUCUUGAUAUGCGCUUUUUUUUAAAAACACAUAAUCCCUUGUGUGUAAACUUUAAAUGAAAAAAAAAACCAUUGUCGCUAUUAUAUGUUCUCUGCACUGUUAUUUAUUUGUGACAAGACCACUGAUCAGUUUUGUUGCAUGGCACUUUAUCGUUUUGUAUUGUUUACUCAGUUGUUUUAACCAAAGCAUCGUUUUCUUGUUUUAAUUGUUUCAGACAUUUUCUAUUGUGCAGUUGUGUUAGAAGACAGUUUUUGAGAAUAACUGGAUGUUAAACAAAUAGUUUGACAUUUUGAGAAAUAUUCCUAUUUGCAUUCUUGCUGAGAAACAUAAGACGAGUCAUAGUACUCUGUAUGGUCUGUAUGCUAAGUGUGAAGCUACUGUUGGCUAACACUACUCCCAAAGCUCACUAAUUAACGCGUUGUCUCUCAUUAGUUUGAUACACAAACUGAAUUUAAAAAAAGACAAGUUCAGAUUUUACGGGGUUUAUGUGCUGGACUAUUUCCUAGCAGGGUGCAGAGACCAACAAAGACACAAAGAAGAUAUGAUGUGUUCAUUAGUGAUCUUUAGGUCUUGGUAGCUAGAUUUAUUUAAAAUCUGAAAAUAGAGCCAGGCAAGCUGUUUGCCCCUGUUUCUUUAUGCUAAGAUAAUACUCUUCUCAGAGCAAACCCAAGUGUAUCAUCCGCGCAAGAGGAUGCAAUCCUGUUCCCUGCCCUCAGGGAGCACUGGUUAUUUGCAUAACCGCUCGAUUUUCUCAUCUAACUUCUUGCAAAAAAGCAAAUAAGCGUAUUUUUCAGAACUUUGAACUAUUUCUUUAAUCAGAUACACACAAAUUGAACUAAGGUGUUUUAUAUGGUAAAUACACCAGGAGGACAACUGUACUGUAUGUGUGUAGUUACAUUUUUUUUUAAUUUAAUUUAAUUUUUUUAAUCAAAUAAGCACUUAUAUUGUCUGUUAGGGGCCAGCAGAGUUGUUACAUUAAGUAAAUUUACUACUUAAGUCUCCUCUAGUAGCUAAAUGGAAAGUUGUAAAUGAUCCUGGACCUGUAAUCUGUUGAGGGCAGUUGCUUUGAGCGGGCAUUGAGUGUUGCCCAUGCACCGGAUAGUGCCUCCCCUUCUUCACCUCUUUUUCUUCUCUCCCUCCUUCAUCUUUGUCUUUGACAUCAACACUAAAGUUAGUUAUAUGUGUCUAAGAGUAAGCUUUUAUGUAGAGUAAUGGUAGAUGCUAUAGAUCUUUUUUUUUUCUUUGACAUUGAUCUAUGUCAGUGUUUUGGAGAGUGAAUAUUAUCAAUGAGGUGUUAUGGGUAUGUUGGUAUAGCCUGUUACAGUACAGUACAGCGUAUAUCUCAUUAACAUUGACUGUGCGUUAAUGUUGCAUUUAAAAGGAAUUCCCCUCUUAGCUUUCGUACUGUAGGUGCUAGAUAUUUGACAGCCUGAUGCUUGUGUCAGAAACCAGUACAGUAUCAUUGGCUUUGAUGUUGUUAUGACUUCAGUGUCAAGGAUGGUUUCUAGUUGCUUUUACUUGUUUCUGUUAUUUUUGCACUGUACCAAGAUGACCCCAUAUGUUGGUCUUGAAUAAAUAUUAUCAGUGGAAGAAAAUAUUAAUCUAAACAUAGCUUUUUGCUGAUGGAAAGAUUAUUUACAUUAGUUAUUAUUAUUUAUCUUUAUUGUAUUAUUUUCAUUUAAAGGAAUAGUAUCAAUAUUACUCUAGAGAAGGGCACCAUCUUCAUUCUUCUAAUCUUAUACCAAAGACAUGGUCAGCCAGCCAUUUUGUCUUUCUCAUUAUCUCUAGUUAUGAUCAGUUUAUUGUCAAAUCUGACUUAGAAUCAGCCAGCAGAAAGUAUUUAGGAGUCUUUAUGCCACAGGCCAACCAACCUGCUGAGCAAAGCAGCCUAAUACUUUACAAAACCUGGUUAACACAAAGGUUGUAUUUCAUAUUUCACUUUUGAAUUAUUGCUUCUUGUGGUCUCUCUGUUUUUAAUGGUAUUCUGUCAGUGAGCAAAGACUUAAGUGUAAUUACAUCAUUUAUUUCUGACUGUUUUGGGUCGUCUUGGUAUAAACAACUGGCAAAAUGUUAAUAGAUAUAAAAUCUAUGAUGUCUGCUGGAACAUAAGACAAAUUGAAAAUUUUAUUUAUGAAGUUUUGAAGGAUAGAUUAUGUUCUUAUAUUGCACUCAUGCACAUAGCAUCUUUAUUUAAUAUGAUUUCAUAUGAUGAUCUUUUAAGAAUGUAUGGUAAAGACUGGUUUGUGUUUUAAAAUAUUAUGGCCCUGUUCUGACAAGAGGAGAAGAUUAGAUUCUGAAACUGUGCCAUUUUUGCUUCAGCAAUCAAACCACUAACAAUAAUGCACCAAACUGCACAGAUUUUUUUCUUAAUUUACAACUGGCAGAUGAUGUGCAAUGCUUUCAGCCCUAAUAGUAAAAAGGUUUAUAAAACACUUUGCGAGAGUUUUAGUGCACUGGCCAGUAAUUGUUGAAAGGUAAAUGAGUUGAUUAUUUCAUAUUCUGCUGCUUUUUUAUUGUCAUAGCUCUGGAUCAAAGCAUGCAGAUCCACUUAUCUUCUGCUGUACUCUGUCCCUCUCUCCUGCCUUACUGCUUGCUAAUGACAACAGCCCCCACCCCACCCCUGAAGUGCUGCUUGUAAAGUAUUGUCAUUCAUGAUCCUUUUAAUGACUAACUGGAAACCUUCCUCUUGGCUCUGUCUUGUAUAUAAAUGGAGAUUUUCUGUGUUGGGUCUCAUCACACAGAUGAUAUUAACUCUCUCUUCCUCUGUAUACCAUGAUGAAUAAGAAUAACUGGCCUGCUGCUGUGUCAGGUGUCACCCCAGAGUAAACAGUGCUGAUCAGGGAUCAGUUUUGGACAUUUCAGCUACAGUGUGGAUGAGGUGGUCAUUGUGGAGCGGGUAGAUGAUCCCAGGUCUGCACUCUUGCUCUGAACUGCUUGACAGAAGCUGAAACAGGUCUCAGCCUGUGAUAAAGUCUUAAUCUCAGUGCUCACGUUUAUCUUUUGAGUGUUCUGGAGUUUUUUCUCAUGUCUGUGGACACGUAACAAAAGUUGUGAAGAAAA